UAUACGUUUUCAUGACACAUUGUUAGAUACAAACACGACGGUAACAUACAUACAUUGUACGUAUUUAAAGUUUUUUUUUAAUUCGACCGUUUGUUUCGUUUAUAAUUUCGAGAAAUGUCAGGCCGAAAAAAGAAUAAAAAUAAAAUGACAGGGAAAAGAUAUCGUCAUGUAUUAAGAAAGGAAGAAAAGUAUCGUCAAGAGAGAGAUAUAUCUGACAAGGAACAAUCAGAGUCUGAUGAAGAAUGCCCAAUACCUUUUCCCGUUGCCAUGUGGGAUUUAGAACAAUGUGAUCCCAAGAAAUGUACAGGUAGAAAAUUAUCUAGGCAUGGGUUAAUAAAAACAUUGAGGUUAAGUACCCGUUUUCCUGGUUUAGUACUUUCUCCCUCAGGUAAAAGUUGUGUCAAUCCGAUGGAUCGUAAUAUUAUACAAGAUUUUGGUUGUGCCGUUGUGGAUUGUAGUUGGGCUCGAAUUGAUAGUACACCAAUUGGACAAAUAAAGACACCUAAUCCACGUUUGUUACCAUUUCUCGUUGCAGCAAAUCCAAUAAAUUAUGGAAAGCCUUGUAAAUUAAGCUGUGUAGAAGCAAUAGCUGCAACAUUGAUUAUAACAGGAUUUCCAGAUGAAGCUAAUUUUUAUUUAGGAAAGUUUUCAUGGGGACAUUCCUUUCUCAAAUUGAACAAAGAAUUAUUAGGAAGAUAUGCUACUUGUACAAAUGCAGAAGAAAUUAUAACUGUCCAGGAAGAUUAUCUUAAAAAUGCAAUACAAGAAAAAUUAGAUAGACAAGCACUGCCUGAUUUUCCACCUAGUGAUAUAGAAUCAGAAGAGGAAGAGAAGGAACAAGAAAUCGAUGAUAGCUAGGCUCGAUUUCAUAGGUUGAAUUCUUAUAUUAAAAUAAUAAUAAGAUUACAAUGUUACCAAAAUGAACAGAAAACUAGAAAAUAUUGAGACGUGAAUACAAUUUAAGUAUCGACAUUUUUAUUUGGAAGAAAAUAGACACGAUUGAUGUAGUUCAUGAUAAUUAGCUAACACUAUUUUAAAUAUUUCUAAAGAAUUAUUUUAAUUCCGUUACAUAUGCGAUUCCUUAUAAAGUUUCUAAUUUUUUAAACCAGCUCAUGUUUAACCAACAUUACUCGUAAAUUUUUGUAGCGUAUAAAUUGGUGAUUUGUAAAAUUUGGAAAUUAUGAAUAAAUUUUUCAAUUUUUGGAAAUAUCUCGAUCUUGAAAUUAGAAAUCGGAUCAAAUCGAAAUUGUAGAUCUUCGUUGCGAGUAACUUCAUUUUUUUUUCUUUAUAAAUUUCAAAUUCGUCCAUCUUUUUAGAGCGUAUACAGCAUACAUAUCAACAUUUAAAUUAUAAUAUGAAUUUCUAUGAUACAAAAAUUUAAAAACAUUAUUGAAUAUCUAAGACAAGUUCGAAAAUAAUCAUUUGUUAUAUUUGUAAAGUAUAAGGAAUUUUACGAUUAUGUCUAAAAACAUGCUGAUAUGUAAUAUAUAUAUAUAUUUAUAUAUAUAUAUAAAGAGAAAAUGUAAAGAAUAAAAACUGCAUUGAUCACGUUAGAAUG